UUCUGUUGUGAUUAGUGUGAUAAGCUAGAGCCUGUAUUACGGGAUUGACUGUAAACGUGUGUAAAUCGAUUUUUGAACUGGUGCUUAGAUAGAAGCCAUAUCGUUAUAAUGGCUAAGACGCCGCAACGCAUAAAUUUAAUGCGUCAAAUAUUUCUAGCGCUCAUGCUAUAUAGCGUUGCUACAGCGAAAGAACAUUUACGAAUGCGCCGAUUAGCCGUAGAGUCCGUUACAGCAGCAGUACCCUCUGUUAACAAAGAAAAUGUUCUUGAACAGAUUGCCAAUCCCACAGAAAUACCAGCAUCAAAGGCAAAGACUACUGAAGUAAAUACUAGUAGUCAUCAAUUUGCUUCACAAACUGAGCCAGUUUUAAUCUUAACUGGUACAGAUCCAGCACAUACGGCUGAAACACGCAACUCAGCUCUUGACUUGUCGGCCGCUUCAGAUUUAGACUCAAAGGAAGUCGUAUCCAGCUCAUCUGGUUCUGAAGAGGGUGGAAUUUAUUAUGAUAAUGCACCGAUAGAUUGUAAUCCUGAUCUUGUAGGCUUUGAAAUUGUUACAGGAUAUGUAUUCUCAGCUCCUGAAAAACUUAUGGAUUCUUUGCCAGGCACGCUAAUGCUUACUGAUUGCCUGGACACGUGUAGGAAAAAUAAAACUUGUCAGUCAGUUAAUUACGAAACAGGACUUUGCGUGCUCUUUUCCGCCCACGCUGAUCAGUUGCCAGGUGCUCUUACAAAAUCACAAUUUCCCGUGUUUACAAUUUAUGCGCAAAAAUCAUGCCUUUCCGUGAAACCUUGUGCUCGAGCUUGGUAUGUCGAUCGUGUUCAAAACUAUAAGCUAAAGACGGAAGUUAAGCGUUCCGUGUCGCUGACGUCAAGGCGCGAGUGCUUUGAACUUUGUCUGAGCGAAACAGAAUUCACAUGCAGAUCAGCUAACUAUGAUCGAGUCUCUGGAACAUGUGAACUGAGUGAGUUUGAUCGAUUAACUUUGGCUGGUUCGAACGCUUUUCAGACACAAGAAGGAAGUGACUAUCUGGAAAAUCACUGCAUCGACGAACCAAAUAAGUUGUGCGAAUUUAAGCGUCUACCCGGACGUAUUCUAAAAACAGUCGAUUCUGUAUAUCAGGAAGUAAGCAGUAUUGAUGAGUGUCGAGAGCUUUGCCUCAAUUCCCCUUAUAGAUGUCACUCGUAUGACUACAACGAUACUGGGGACAUGGUAUGCCGCUUAUCUCACCAUAGUCGUGCCACUCUCGCUGAUGUCCAAGAACCUUUCCUGGAGGUUCCUGAAGCCUCAACCUACGAGUUGACAUCUUGCUAUAACGUGACUAUAGAGUGCGGUGGCGGAGAUAUGCUGGCUCGUAUACGCACCUCGAAACUGUUUAAUGGAAAAGUGUACGCCAAAGGUUCCCCUAAAUCCUGCGCAAUUGAUGUUCAGAGCGCAUUAGAUUUCGAAUUUCGUAUGAAUUACCAUGACUUAGAAUGUAACGUCCGCCAGAGCAGUUCGGGACGCUACAUCAAUGAUAUAAUUAUACAGCACCAUGACAUGAUAGUAACGUCGUCAGACUUGGGUUUAGCAUUGGCCUGUCAGUAUGAUCUUACAAAUAAGUCUGUUAGCAAUGGCGUUGACCUAGAUGUGCGCGGCGAUAUUAUGCCAGCACUUUCUGAGGAAGUCAUUGUCGACUCACCAAAUGUGAUAAUGCGUAUAACCUCCCGAGAUGGCUCAGAUAUGAUGCGCUCUGCUGAAGUAGGAGAUCCACUGGCGUUAAAGUUUGAAAUUGUUGACGAGCAAAGUCCAUAUGAGAUCUUUAUUCGUGAGUUGGUAGCUAUGGACGGCGUAGAUAACUCGGAAAUUACCUUGAUCGACUCUAAUGGAUGCCCAACCGAUCACUUCAUCAUGGGUCCCAUUUAUAAGGAGUCCCUUACCGGCAAGGUUUUACUCUCCAAUUUCGACGCGUUUAAGUUUCCUUCAAGUGAGGUCGUUCAGUUCCGGGCACUAGUGACACCUUGCAUGCCGAGCUGUGAGCCAGUCCAAUGCGACCAGGAAGACACCAGCGGUGAAUUUAGAUCAUUGGUGUCCUAUGGUCGAAAGCGAAGGUCUCUUAAUAUAACAGAUAAUAUGUCACGUACGCGUCGGGAUAUCGAUAUGUCAAUGAAAUCUAUCCCCAGUGACAUGUUGCUUGUUCAGUCAAUUCAAAUCACAGACAAAUUCGGCUUUAAACCCAAUAAGCAAGAAAGUGGCGAUUAUUAUGAUGGCAAUGAAACCACAUUUACAGCUAGUGAAGAAGGCCAUGGAUUCUGCGUGAACGCAAUUGGUCUCAUUACAGCCGCCACAAUAUUUUUGCUUACUCAGCUGGCUAUUAUAGCCAUUUGGACCUAUUGCUAUCAACGCCGUCAGAAGCUACAACCGUAUCAACACUCUUAUUAAGCCCAACCAUUAUUCUAAUAUAUUUAUACAUAAUUCUAAUCAGCUUAAUUAUAAGUCAGCUUCAAAAGGUGCAAUCUAUAUUUACGCAAUGUUAUGCUGAAUAUCCGCUCAGAAUACCCGUCGUCCUGAUAUAACAACCGCUAUUUGUCUUAUCUAGUCAGUGCACGAUUUCAGAGAAAUUACAAUUAUUUUGUUUUGUUCGGUGGAAUUCAAAAUGUUGGCAAUACAGCCAUGGCGUAAAACAUUAUACUGUGUUAUGUUUUAUA